UGAAUCGAAAUUAAAUUCCGGUUCUUGGGAAGAUCCCCUGCCCACGACGACCACACAUCACAACAAUAACGCCAGUCAGAAUCUAACGAAUCUAGCUAGCGCUCAAAGCGCUAAAAACGGCAACAUAACGACAACAACAGCACAACUACACAAUCUCACAAAUUUAAGACGUCCUGACACCUUAGCCACAGCACGUCACAAUCUCCAGCCACUGAUUAUACAACCGGUAACAAAUCUACAACAACAACAUCAUCACCAUCAUCAGCAGCAACACAGUCAUCAUCAACAACAUUCAGCGUUUACCGGCAGUGUCUUAGGCCGCUGUAACGAAGCGGCGGCACUACAACAACAACAACAGCAACAACAUCACCAACAGCAACCUCUACUACAGGGGGCUGCUGUAACCGGCAGCACAAUAGCUGGCGGUAGUUUUAACGCCAACGGCGGAUCGACUGCCGUUGGUGGCGCCACUGACGGUUCGGCGGGUUCGCCCAAUAACAUAGCGGUUGUCGAACAUAUAACAGACUCCGCACAAAUCGAUUUUCAAACAAAAUCACCUUUACCACCUAACAGCUCUUCGGAAGACGAAGAGUUGGCCAACGAGGAGGAUUUAAACGGCAGCGUGACGUCAUCUCUGAGUGCCACAAAUCAACGCAAUUCACAAUUGCGUUCCACUUUCAAUCGGGCCAAACAACACUUGUCCUUUGACAAAUGGCGUUCGUCGAAUGCCAACAAUUCAGCUGCUGAUACAAGCAGUAAUUCAAGUACCAGCAGUGGUGGUGGCGGUGGAGGUAGUGGUACAUUAACACGCCGUGCGAGUACAACUUGUGCCACCACAAUGCCCACAGCCCAUCAACCGCCGCGAGAAGAUAUCACAACACCGGGUGAAACGCCUGGUGGUAGAUUAUCUCGUUGGUUUUCCAUACGACGCGGUUCAUCACAUCAAUACGAUGUGGGCGGUCGUGAUGGCAGACAAUCGAAUUCAUCGAGUAUAGAUUUGCCAGAUGCUGUGUGUGAUGGCCAACAGGCAUCGCCACAAAAAAUAACAAAUUCAGCGAAUUCAUCAAAAUCUGCCUGUAAAAUGCCUGGGGUACCAGAAAAUGAAGAUGAUGAUAUAUCAUCAUUAACCGCAUCGACUUCUAGAUUCGAUUUGGAUUUAAUGAUACCACCGGGUAGUCGUGCCAACGGCACUGCCCGUUCGGCUCACAAUCGUUUGGUCCAGCCUAUGUUACCACCAGCGCCACCUGGUCUUUCACAGCAACAGCUUAAGCGUCGCCAUAUUGUGGCUGCCAUUGUUCAUAGUGAAAAUUCAUAUGUGGCAACUCUACAACGUCUAGUCAAUGAUUACAAAAAACCUCUUGAAGAUAGUAGUCCACCCGUGUUGAGUGCUACCAAAAUAAGUACACUCUUCCAUCGCCUGCCAGAAAUUCUCCAAUCGCAUCAAUUGUUUCGCAUCGCUCUCGCUGAAUGUGUACGCAAUUGGGAUCGUGAUGAAAAAUUGGGUGAUUGUUUUGUGAGCGCCUUCAGUAAGCCACGUAUUUUAGAAAUCUAUUCAGGUUUCAUCAAUAAUUUCUCAGCUGCCAUGGAAUUAGCUAAAAUGGAAGAAAAACGCAAAUCAGCAUUGGCGGAUUUCUUCAAAGUUAAACAAAUAAGUGCUCAUGAUCGUUUAAGUUUCUUUGGCUUAAUGGUUAAGCCCGUUCAACGUUUUCCUCAAUUUAUACUCUUUCUACAAGACUUACUCAAGUAUACACCCCAGGGACAUCAUGAUCGCAUGUCGCUACAAUUGGCUCUAACACAACUGGAACUGUUGGCUGAAAUGCUCAAUGAACGUAAGCGUGAGGCAGAACAGUAUCAAGGUUUCAAAGAGAUGUUAGGACAUAUAAGUGGUACAUUUAAUACACGUUCUCUAACCACAACCGAAGGUAAUCGGCCACGUUAUCUACUGCGUGAGGAUAAUGUAACACAUAUGGAAUUUAAUCAGGCUGGUUUUAUAGUCAAAUCUAAACAACGUCGUUUGCUGUUGUUGAAUGAUAAGGUCAUUUGUGUUUCAGUGGCACCCAAACAGUCACAUGAUUUUGGUGCCACCGAAAAGUUGACAUUUAAAUGGAUGUAUCCGGUAACGGAUGUGGAAAUUGUGGAUAAUAGUACUUCCGCUACCUUAUCGAGAAUAUUAACUGCUGGUCUCAAUCGCGGCGGAAGUCUUAAAUCGAAUAGUAGCUCAUGCAACAACUACUCCACCAACACACUACCUGCCAACACAUCCUCGCCUUCAGCUGGAGCCUAUCAAAAUGCCGCCUUCGAUAAUUCACCCGCUGCUCUUCUAACCAAUGGUGCUGAUAAUCUCUGCAACGAAAUGAGUACACUCAUGUACGAUUACGAAGUUGUUUCACGUAUUAACGAUCUUGUUGGUUCGCUUAAGGGAACUUACAAGGAACUUAACUCGAAUGUUACCCGUAAUCUUAUGAAUUCCAUACAAAGUUCUAUACAAAGAAAAAAUGAAGAAAUGGCAUGGGUGGAUUCAUGCUGUUUGCAAUUAGUGGCCCGUAAUAAGAAUGGUAAAGAAGAGACGUUUACAUUCCAGACAGCAAAUCCCAACGUUAAAAAGGAAUGGAUAACGGAAUUGCGUUUAGCGCAACUUGCGCUCGAUAUCAAUAAUUCACCGGCUUGGGAGACAACAUCGGCUGAGCCGUGUGCCACGAGUACGCCGGCGUAUGAACAGCAACAGAUGCAGCUGGUGCAGAGGCAAUCGAAUAAGAUGCCAUUGUUUGUUAAAGCGAUGCCGGUUUAUAAGUCACAGCAUCAAACGGAGGUUCGCUGUGGAUGUUACUAUACCAUCGCUAAUGAUUCGAAAAUCAGUGGCAAUGCCCGACGCCGCCAUAAACAACAGAAUUAUCUGUGGAUUUGCACCACAAAUGGUUCCUCUUCACAACUAACCGUCUACUCACAGCAUCACCAACAGGCUGGCAAUCUACGAGAUGUUGGCACAUUUGAAUUGGCCGAAACCCAAGUGACAGCCAUUGAAUUUGUCAAAGGUUUAGAUAAUUGCAAGACACGCGAAGAAUACAAUUCCUUAUUGGGUGAUCUCAUUUGGAUGGGCACCGAUGCCAAAAAGUUAUUGAUAUAUUCUGCUAAAAAUCCCGAACAAGAAGAACAAUUAAAUUGUUGUAGUGUGCCGGGUAUAGUGACGAGGAUUCUUUAUCAUUUCGAUACUAUAUAUGUGGCUCUAACGAAUGCUACCAUCUUGAUUUAUCGUCGUGCCUAUGAUGGUGUUUGGAUGUUGAAAGAUCCUCAGGUGGUGCAGUUGGGAGAGAGUGGCUUGCCGGUACCCAGUAUUUUACCCAUUAAUAUGAAUAUCUAUGCUGCCUGUGCCAAUCGCGUAUACGUUUUGAACGCCUUAAAUGGUGAGAUCCAACGCAGUUUUGAGGUGCAUCAUGGCUCUAAUCAGCAGGUCAAUCUAAUGGCUCAUUCUGGCAUAGGCUUGUGGAUUUCCUUGAAGAACUCCACCAUGUUGUGUUUGUAUCAUACGGAGACCUUUAAACACUUGCAGGAUAUUAAUAUAGCAUCGAGUGUUUUGCGCAGUGAUGGCAAAAAGGAACAGGCUGUUAAUAAUAGUGCCAUUUAUGUGACCGCCCUAAUGGCCUGCAAGGGUUUGCUGUGGGUGGGCACCAAUGUGGGCAUAGCGGUUACCAUACCCUUGCCCCGUUUAGAGGGUGUACCCAUUAUAAGUGGUGGCAUUAGCAUGUCUUGUCAUGCUCAUUUUGGACCCAUAACUUUCCUAUUGCCUCUGGUGCCUAAAGUGUAUCCCUCGUAUAAACCCUCCGCUUCAAAUAACUCACAAACUUUACCACCGGCUUUGAAUAUAGCAGUGGAACCCGUGGUGGUUCCUAGCAUGGGUGAUGAUUUACAAUUGCCCGCCAUAGAUGCCGAUCCCAAGAAGUUAACCGAAGCUGAUUUAGAUGAGAGUGCAGUGGUUUUAAGAAGAGAUUUGCCUAAAGAUGAUUCCGGUUCGGGAUCAGCCUCCCCUUCGGCCUUUAUGCUAAGAGAACUAAGUGCCGAUGGUGCGGAUUCCAAUGCCUCAUCACCUCGCUGCUCUAAAUUGGAUAAACAAAACUCCUUGGAUCAAUCGUUCUCGGCGAAAAUUAGAGCUUCUUUGGCCAAUUCACCAGCUUUUCAUCGUAAACGUUUUAGAGAUUUGUCCUCAGAAUCUGCUCGCAUGUCUAAAACUUUACCUAGAGGUUUGGGUUCCGCAGGCUACUUCCAAUCAGGUCUUAACUCCAAUACUAGUACCCUGUCUCAUGCAGAACAUGGUUAUUGUGAUGUCUAUGGUCUUUAUGGUAAAUUGAUCUUUGUUAAAGAAGAUUAUGAUGCGGAAGAAGGAACCCAGGGUAAUCUCAUGGAUAUGAUGUAUGAAGGCAUGCGUAGAUCUGAUCCAGAAUUAGCUGCCAUACCCGGACGUGUUACCACCUUAGAUAGACGUUUAAGAAUGAAAGCCUCACGACCACGUUCUCUAGAUCUAUCCAAUUGGUCAGUGGAUUCAAAAUCAUCCAGUUUGUAUACCUCCUCGGGCAGUGAGGAAAGUAUGGGUAUACGUUUCUUUGGCGGACGUUCGGUGUCACGCAAUAGCUCUAGUGCCAGUCAUAAAACCUCAGGAAAUGGCAGUGAUUUGGGUAAUAUCUCAGAAAAUGGUCUAAUGACCGAACUGCAUCACAAUCAUAGUACACCCAAAUCAGAGGAUGGUUUCAAGCUAAUGCAACAACACAAACAAGGGGGCGGAGCAGGAGCCAAUACCUCUUCCACACCACCUCCAGCAGCAGCCACCGCUACACUUAAACGUAAACAAAAGCAAAACGCCAAACAACAGCAGCAGCAACAAGCCGAUGGACCACGCACUAUUAUCACUUUGACAGGAGGACGCGGUUACUGGCGUCAUGUCUGGUACAAUAAUACCAAUUCACCCGGCCACAAAUCCUCUUCCUCCUCAUCCUCUCUCAGUUCAGGAGCCUCUUCACCACUCAUUGCCAAUUCAAAUGAUGCCCACAUUGUUAUAUGGGAGAAAAAGUUAUAAUCUCGGGAGUAUGUGUGGCACUGUAAGGCCACACCACCAUCUCUAGCCAGCCAACUACAACCCUCAACAUCUAUGUAUUUACAACCACCCUCCUCAGCACUCUCUACCCCCGAACGACGUAGUCGUGUACGUUUUCGGGGAUCAUUUGUAAUGCGUGAGCGAGGAGGUGCCUCAUCAUUGACCGGUUCACCCAACUUAAGUUUAGGCACUCCCACCACCAUGGGUGGCAGUUU